AUGCCUCCCAAGCCAGGCAUAGGUCAGAAGGCGCUGAUCACAGAGCGGUUGGGUGCGUUCUGGGAGGGGAGGUGGCGGGAGCUGUUCGAUUCUGCCAUGGUGGCGGCGCGGCGAGCAGUUUGCCCACUUUCCUACACUUGCUCUGACCAGGACCCGGAUGCCAUCCGCCUGUCACGGAGCCGAUCUCGGUGCAAAGUGGGGGAGUGGAGCCGUGGAUUGGCCUGCCUUACAGCAGGGGAGUUGGCUCGACCGUCUGAGGUCAUGGUCCCCGAGCGGGCUCGGCCGUGGCUCGCCGCAUCCAACCUAGUCGCGCUUUCCAAGCUUAACGGCGACGUCCGGCCGAUGGCGAUCGGGGAGGUGCUUCCUCAUAUCCUUGCUCGAGCUCUCUGCAUCUCGCUCCGCCCUGCAAUGGUUUCCUACUUCCUGCCGUGCAACCAGCUGGGAGCGGGCACCAGUGUCGGGGCGGAGAUUCUCACUCACUCUUUCCGGUCAGCGCUGGCCACUCACCCGACUGGAGCGUUGGAGUGGGUGGGGCUGGAGGUGCUGGCGCACAAGUGCCGGUUUUGGGAGCGCGAGGGCAAGGAGGUGGAGUGGGCACUGCCAUUGGGGAUGCACCGGGUGGAUGAGGGUCUUACUGUGGUGGGCGCGCCUAUUGGAGAGGAGGUUUGGGAGGUGGUCUGGCUACGGGAGCGGCUUCGACAGUUGCACGCGCCACUGCCAUGGCUCCCCUUGCUCGACCACCCCCAGAUGGCUUCACACCUCCUCGCCAUUGCAGUUUCAGCGCGGCCGAUGUACCUCGCCCGGACUAUGCCGCCGCGUCCCGAGGCGCGGCAGCGGCAGUUAGCUGUAGAGGAGCUCCAGGCACUGCGCCGCUUGGCUCGUGACGAUGCCACCUUGGCCCGUUUCACAUCCCUUCAGGGCCCGGGGGCAGGUGCAUGGGUUUCGGCGGUUCCGGCUCACUCAGAUCUCACAUUCACUGCAGCUGAGUGGGGCAUUGCUGCUGCUAUACGGCUCUGCCUCCCAAUCCAGCAGCUGCAGGUGGCGGGGAGGUGUGUUUGUGUGGCGGCAAGGGAGUGGGAGCGCCGCAAAACGAGUGACUACGCGCCUCUGCUUGCACGCAACCGGGGCGUGCAGUUCACCCCUUUGAUAGUUGAGACGUGGGGGUGUAUCGGCGGUCGUUUUCAGUGGUGGCUUCGUCAGCAGGGAGUUGCGCACGUGGGACUAGCUGUGUCGCAGGGGGCUUGUCGAGAGGACGACUCUGUGUUUUCGGCUUAUCUUUUAGGGUCACUGAAGGCGCUCAUCGGGGUGGCGUUACAACGGGCGCAAGCCCGUGUCAUCCUGCUUCGAGCAGCGUCUUCCAUGGGGGGGAUUAACGUAGAUUUGGUGGAUCGGGAGAGGGACGAUGUCGAUGUGGAAGGCGGGGCUCUCUGGGUGGAGGCCACGUACAUGGUCGAUACGUUGAUGUGA